AUGGGGGAAGUUUACAGCAUGAGAACGCCUCCGUUUCCAUCGCCGGCUGAGGCCCCUUCUGUUGCCGCUUCUCCGUCCCACCACCAUUUCUUUUCCCAAUCACUUUCCAGUUUUGCCCACGAUGAAGAUGGUCCAUAUACAGUCGAUGGAAUCUAUCAGUCGAAAGAUGACAAUUGGAAGGCUAACUCUCCGCAUUAUUCUGCGCUGCUCGAACAGACCGCGACUCAACACCGGAUACCCCCCUCAGUCGAGCAAGAGAAUUUGGAGAACUUGGAUGCGAGGAACGGAUUUGAGGAGGAUCUGGGUCGAAGCCAGCCAACCCUGAAAGACCUCCGCCGGCAGAUGGAAGAUUUGCUUGCAUACCAGCAGAUGCGCAAGUCAGAGCACCAAGGCUCUUCCGAACCCCAGGAAACCGCUCCGUCGCAGGGUUCCGUUACAUCCGUUCCCCAGGAGUCGACCAAGAAGAGACGAAUUUCAAAUGUAUUGUCGCCGCAAGUCGCACCAUCCCUCACAGGAGCGUCCGAUUCAGCCGGAUCCAGUGGCACAAUUCGAGGCACGGAUUCCCAAACAACCCCCGAAGCGUUACCCGAGAGAACCCCGUCGUACCCGUUCCCAGAGAUGCCGCGGCAAACAACGAAACAGAAGCUUUUCUCCCAGUUGAACAACGGCUCCUUCAAGCUGACUCUCCCCUCCGACAAGCUAAAGGGUCCUGUCGCAUCGUCACAACUGCCCGUCGAAGGACAAGCUGUUUCGGGCAUACUUCCAGCUUCCAACCGGGCUUUCAUACCGCCAGAUAAUAAACCCGUGGUGGAAGACCCGGCCUACCCGAGUCCGAACCUCUAUGAGCUUACAUUGCAGCUUAAUGCGGAUCCAGGACUUGAUGCCUGGUGGACCAAUGUUGUUCAGAUACUACGGACCCAUUAUGGUGUGGAGCGGGCAUCACUUGCUGUACCAGGCGACUCAACCGAUCUUGAGAACGUCCCCUGGGGCCAGAAGGCGAUUUACAAUGAGAAUAUUGCUGAAGUCGAUGAAUUACAUCGUGGGUUGAAUGAUACAGACAAAACUGAAGGGACUAACCCGAAGGUUUUCGUUCGUACGGAAAAAGAGAAGGAGGUUCCCGUUGUGCCGGAUACGGCAGCUGGUCUCGCGACACCAGCUAGUUCUCUGGCCCGGCCGCCACUCUUUUCACGACAUUCCUUUGCUGGGUUUGGCAAGGAGAGACAAGCGUCUCGCUUGAAAGAUGAGAAUGCCUUCCUUGGGGCAAAGAGCCCACUCAACAAGCCGGACACUACACCAAAGAAACAAGAUAGCCAAAACCCAACACCCGUCCAGACAGCUCCUUUGGACAUCUCAAAUGUGCCCCCGCAAAGCGACCGACUCGCUGUCUUCCCCACGCCUAGAGCUCUGGAGGUCGAACAAGAUCCUCUUAUCAAGAGAACUGGCGUUGUGAAACUAUUUGGGCGCACGAAGCCUGUGAUAUUGACCCGAGAGUACUCCCAUACCUCAACAUCCAAGCAGCCUCAUGAUGAACUCGUUCAAACCCCCGAAGACAAAGUCCAAGUGACACCAACGGCUGAGCCUUCCCAUGUAACAGCCCCGAGGGCCAGAUCUAUUUCAAACCCCGCCGCGUCUGCCCGUCAACCCCAGCGCCUUCCUUUAAUGGAGUUCCUUGAUGAGUAUGAACAGAUUCCUCCAUCUCCUUGGUCGCAGUCUCCAGCACCUUCUCCGGCGCCUCGCGCUCAUCCUGAGCAAGAUCCAUUCUUCUCAAACCAUACUGUCGACGAAACCGCCUUCUCCAAACGUCCUCCGUUGCAUGACUACUCCAACCCGGAUCCCCUGGAGGCCAUUGGUGUCGAUUUGGCGAAAUCUGUUGUUCACAUUCCAUUGCUACAUGCUGGGCCUUCAAAACAAUCGGCUUCGUCUCCAUUAAGGUUUCCUGUAGCGGUUAUCUCGAUACUAUCACCGGCAAUACCUUAUCCUUCUAAUUUAAGGCAGUCUCUAGCCUUUCUAAUGCCUCACCUCACCACCUCAUUCUGUCUGGCCCAACAUUAUAGUCAACUCGAGCGACAGUUUGCGUCCCGGCUUGAAGUUCCUCGUUACGGUAACCUUCUCGGACUCGGUGGGACAUUUUCCGACGAGAGUAGCGAGCUAGAACUUGUUGCAGGUCUUAGUGGACAUGUCAGUUAUACGGUAACGGAAGACGGUUCUCUAUCUGCGAGGGCCAGUUUGUCUAGUCCUGAUGAGAGGGGAAGCUCGGCCAGGUUCAGCCCUUCAGUCUCAGCUUUAGGUACCCCCUGUCUUGAUCCGAAUAUGGCCGGUGGAUCGUCCUUGAAUGUGUCUGAGUCCCCCGGGCUAGGUGCUCGGUUUUCUGGCAAAGAACCUUUCGACAGCUAUUUCAACGUUCCACGCUCCAAAACUUCCCGCGAAGCGGCUAGUCAACCUAAACAUCGUCUGGCAAAGAUGAGACAGGCUGUCGCCUCUCCUUCGGCUAUUUCACCCGGGAAAACCUGGGAGCCUCCCAUGCAGGACCAAGGCUUGGCGAUCACCUCCCCCCACGAGGUUAAACCCCCAUCGGUUGUAUCACCAACGCAGGCAUCCUCGCGCAACCACUCCAAUAACUCCUUUUAUGCCCAGCUCCAGCGCGAGCUACCGCGUCCUUUUACCGACACAGUGGCACAGCUUAUGUUGAACUCAGUCCCUUUGCAUCUUUUCCUCGCGAAACCACAAAGUGGGGAGGUCAUUUGGACUAAUUCGAAGUUUGAUGCGUAUAGGCGAAGCCAACCUCAGGAACAAAAGUUGAGGGACCCUUGGCAAAAUAUCCACAACAGCGAACGUGACCAUGUGGCUGACCAGUGGGCAAAUGCAUUGCUUACGGGCUCACAAUUCACGGAACGAGUCCGCGUUAAGCGGUUUAAUGAUGAGGCAGCUUAUCGCUGGUUCAUUUUUCGGGCCAAUCCAUUACUCUCCUCGACGGGAGAGGUUUUGUACUGGAUCGGGUCAUUCCUCGAUAUACACGAGCAGCAUGUCACUGAGCUGAAAGCUGCUCAGGAGAGAGAGAAGUUUGCAAUUGAUGCUAAGUACCGGGCAUUUUCAAAUUCGGUCCCACAGAUUGUGUUUGAAGCAACUGAAUUCCGCGGUCUCAUUUUCGUGAACGAGCAGUGGCAUCUAUAUACCGGCCAGAAACUUGAGGACGCUCUUAACUUUGGAUUUGCGAAGCACGUACAUCACGACGAUUUAGAAAAGUGUGGUCUACUCUCACUUUAUCUUGCUUCCGGAUCUCAGAAAGUUCCCAUGACGGCUCCAUCAUCAGAAGGGUCGUCUGAAGCCUUAGGAGCAAAAGCAGAAUCUCAAUCUUCGCGUUUUGACAAUCGUGUAACUCCGGCUUUAGAUGAGCUUGUCAAGCGGGGUGUCGCUUCCGUCCAGCAAGACGAAAAUGGCCGUGUAUUCUAUUCGACAGAAAUCAGACUUCGGUCAAAGGGCGGUGAUUUUCGAUGGCAUCUUGUUCGCUUGGUUAGAGUUGAAACCAGCAGCUUCGGAAGUGGCGAGGCCUCGUGGUAUGGUACUUGUACUGAUAUCAAUGAUCGCAAGAACCUUGAAAGGGAGCUCAACAAGGCAAUGCAACAGCUCAACAACCAAAUGGAGUCGAAGACCAAAUUCUUCAGCAAUAUGUCUCACGAAAUUCGCACUCCGCUUAACGGGAUUCUUGGCACCAUCCCAUUUAUCCUUGAUACUUCGCUGGAUACAGACCAGAGGCGGAUGCUCGAUACGAUCCAAAACAGUUCGACAAAUCUCCGAGAGCUGGUUGACAAUAUUUUGGAUGUCUCGAGAGUCGAAGCUGGCAAAAUGUCUCUAGUCAGUUCCUGGUUCCAUGUGCGAUCAGUAAUCGAGGAUGUGAUCGAUACAGUCUCCUCCAGGGCCAUCGAUAAAGGUCUUGAAAUGAAUUAUCUCAUGGACGUGGAUGUACCCCCGAUGGUUAUCGGCGAUAGGUUCCGUAUCAGACAAAUUCUGAUAAAUCUUGUUGGCAAUGCGGUCAAGUUUACUGCACAGGGGGAAAUCCACAUCCGUUGUUCAAUCCGUCACGAUGGCGACCUUCAGAAACCAACGGAAAUAUUAUUGAAUUUUGACGUUGUUGACACAGGGAAAGGGUUUAGCGCGCAAGACGCUGAGCGGCUCAUGCAACGGUUUAGCCAGCUGGGCCAAAAUGCAUCGCAGCAGAAUGCGGGGAGUGGGCUUGGUUUGUUCUUGUCUAAGCAGCUGGUCGAGAUGCACGGUGGUCGGUUGACCCCGAGCAGUAAGGAGGGACAAGGAGCUAAGUUUUCGUUCUACGUCAAAGUCGACGCCCCGCCGCCGCCGGCUCCUGGCGAGGGUGCCUUUGCACGAGAAACACGUGCUCCUUCGAAAACGACCUCGUUUCAAAAGUUGCUUUUUUCGUCCAAAGAUACAUUGGAUCCAAAGGCCGCGGAAGCUGCUGACAUUCCACCAGCACUAGAGUCCCCGGUCUCUCAGCCCCCAACCAGUUUAGACCUUUCUGCUCGCUUUGGCCUUGGGGGCUCAUCAGAACGCUCUUCUUUCUCCUCUGCGCUGCCGACCCCUGAUGUGCAUAAUAUCGACCCUAUGACUAGAGUCGACACUUCCAAGUCACUAACUAGCCAGCCUGAGGCACCAGCUACCCCGUCUUCCGGCGUUGCAACUGAAGUGGAAUCGAAGUUGGAGCCUUUACAAUGUGAGGGCACAUAUUCAAUUGUCAUCCUCUGUCCAUUGGAAAACACACGCGAAGCUAUUACGCAACACAUCGAGCAAGUAGUCCCGCAUGAGAUUCAACAUUCAAUCACAUCAUUCCCCGAUGUCGAGGACUGGAAGGACUCAACCGACUUUGAUUCAGGCUCUCAGGUGACACACCUCGUGGUCAAUCUGCCUAAUGUUGAUGAGGUUAUGGAAGCUGUCAACUUCGUUGCGGCUUCCGAGCUAAACAAGGCGCCAACUCUCGUCAUUAUCUCGGAUCUCUACCAAAAGCGACAAAUAAAUUCCAGUAUCAAGGAGCUUUCUUCGAGCGGACGGCGUGUUUUCACCGUACCGAAACCGGUAAAACCCUCUGCGUUCUCGCCGAUUUUCGACCCAGGAAAUAGACGCGAUCUCAGCAAGGAUCGGAACCAGGACAUGGCUCGCGAGAUCAAUAAUAACUUCAAGACCAUGUCCAAAAUGGUGAAAGAGGUGAUUGGAAAUAAGGGCUACCGGGUAUUGCUUGUUGAGGACGAUGAAACAAACCGCAUGGUUAUGAUGAAGUAUCUCGACAAGAUCAAGGUCAUGGCAGAAACUGCAGGCGAUGGCCAGCGGUGCACGGACAUGGUCUUCUCGAAAGAGCCAGGAUACUAUUCCUUGAUCAUAUGCGAUAUUCAAAUGCCCAUCAAGAACGGUUACGAGACAUGCCGCGAAAUUCGUACAUGGGAAAUGAAGAAUCAUUAUCCCCAAAUCCCAAUCAUGGCUCUCUCUGCCAAUGCGAUGACAGAUCAAAUUGAGGACGCAGCACGCGCCGGAUUCAAUGAUUACGUUACAAAGCCAAUCAAGCAUAAUGAAUUGGGAAAGAUGAUGAUGGGCCUUCUUGAUCCCGCCCGACCACUGCUCCUACUUCGAGACCGACUCAGGGAAGGAAGCGAGGACAGCAAUCGCACAGGGUGA